CAGCACAGCUUGUUACAGCUCCUCACAGUAUACAGACACUCUUCACUGCUACAGUCAAGCCUGUGUACUGCAGGCCAUCAUGAGUGGAAAGGGCUCAGUGUGUGAUGAAACACCACAGCAUGCUUCACACAGAGAAAGUCAGGAUGAGGACCCAGAGUUCACUGCAUCGACCAAACGCUCUGUGAAACCCACUUGGAAGGUUAAAGAGAACUAUGAAUCCAUGAGAACUGAACUAGCAACCAGUUUGAAGCAGAUUUGGGAUAAAAUCCUCACCCACAUUGAUGUGAUUUCAUGUCCCAGCCAUGAGGUACUGCAACUAGAGGGCGCCAUAAAGCAUCUCUCUGCUUCAUACGAACUGUACCAGACUACAAGCAACAAAUAUAAAACUAUUCUGCAAAGCAUCAACACUGAGGAGUCCUUAGAGCAACUUAACAAUGCCCAGCUUCUUAAUGAGGAAAGAGAAAGCUUUAUCCAGCGAACUAAAGCAAAGGCAGAAGCAAAAUUAAUGCUGCCACGGGACACUGUAUCUCACAAAUCUGUAUCCACCAGACGUUCUAAAGGUUCCUCUAGAUCCCGAAGUUCAAAGCACUCAACGCUUAGUGAACAGCUAAUGAAUGCCCGCGCCGAAGCAGAGGCUAUCAAGGUACGGGCCGCAUAUGCAAAAAAAAGAGCAGAUAUGGAGACCGAGGUUGCAGUAAUGGAAGCCGAGGCAGCGCAUCAAAAGGCAGCAAUAGAAGCUCAAACGGCACGUCAAAGGGCAGCAAUUGAAGCUUUAAAGGAACAGAGCAACUACGAGGCAGCUGCAGCAAAACUAAAGGUUUUGGAACAAGCUAUCGGUGCAGAUGAAAAUGCUAGCGAAAGGGUCAGCGUCAAGGCAGAUGUAGCAGAUCCUUUUGAACGCACUAAGAACUAUGUUCUAAACCACAGCAGUGAACACUCAAUUACCUCCACGUUUCACGGCAACGCAAGGACUUCACCACAUCAUCAGGUAAAAGCCGUUCCAGCCACUUCCUACAUGCAAACCCACCCCAGUGCAGCUCCCGACUGUCAUGCUGAUCCCGCAUAUGUCACAAAACGGCACACUAAGCCGCAAGCAAGUCGCCAGCCUCCUGCUAACAGUACUGUUCCAGACCUUCACCCAACAAUUCAGCUGAAUGCCCUUGCUGCACCAUAUCUUCCCACGUCUCUUUGCAACGAUACCAUAAACAAUGCGAUCCACAACAAUCAACCAGCAACCUCCUAUGUAAAGUCAGAGGCAACCGAUACAACAGAGGUAGUAAAGUACUUACUUCGACAUGAGCUCGCCAAGUCAGGCCUAGUAAACUUCGACGACCAUCCUGAAAAUUAUAGAAGCUGGAAAGCCGCUUUCAAAACUACAUUAGGCGGUAUCGGUUUUACUGCCGAUCGUGAGCUGGAUCUGCUGAUCGGGUUGCUUGGCCCACAGUCAACAGAACGUGUCAAGAGCCUCAGGUCAGUUUACAUCGACAAUCCAACUGCAGGUCUCACCGCAGCAUGGGAGCGUCUAGAACAGACUUACGGUAGUCCUGAAGCCAUAGAGAAUGCAUUGCUCAAACGAUUGGAAAAUUUCCCAAGGAUAUCUGGUAAGGACAAUAUAGAGUUCCAGAGACUCAGCGACCUUCUUCUCGAAGUCCAGCUUGCCAAAACUGACCCUAAGCUACCUGGCCUCAGUUACCUGGACACUGCUCGAGGAGUUAACCCUAUCAUUUGCAAGCUUCCGCAUGGCCUACAAGAUAAGUGGAUCCAAGUUGGGUCAUCAUACAAACGGGAAAACAAGGUUUCCUUUCCCCCGUUCUCCUACUUCUGCAAUUUCGUCAGGAACAUUGCUGACACCAAGAACGAUCCUAGUUUUGCAUUCAACGAGUUCAAUACUCCCUCACCUAAAGGUGACAACCUACAUACUAGCUACAGGAACCGCAGAGGUCCCGUGUCCGUUAGGAAGACAGACAUUAUUCCCACUCCCGCCCCAAACAAGAGCGGCAAGAUCGAAAACCCAAACCGAUUAUGUCCCAUCCACAAGAAGCCUCAUCCCCUCAAAAAAUGUAUCGGUUUCAGAAAGAAGCCCCUACAAGAACGAAAGGAACUCCUAAAGACUUUUGGGGUAUGUUAUAGAUGCUGUGCUUCCACCGAUCACUUUGCCAAGGAAUGUAAAACUCCUAUCAAGUGCAUAGAGUGCGGUUCCGAGGACCAUGUGCAAGCACUCCAUCCCCUUGAGUCCAAUCCUUCACAACAUGCAGACCUUCCUCCUGGGCAGAACCACAGCGGGAAGAGUACAGAUCACGUACCUAAUUCCACCAUGGUAUUUUCUUCGUGCACUGAAGUCUGUGGGGAAGACCACUGUGACAAAUCUUGCGCUAAAAUAUGCCUAGUGAAUAUUCAUCACAAGGAUCAGCCAGAAAAGACUUUAAGGGUGUAUGCUAUCUUAGACGAUCAAAGCAAUCGAUCGCUUGCACGAUCCGAACUGUUCGAUCUAUUUUGCACAAAAGGAGAGGUUCACCCUUACACCUUAGGCACUUGUAGUGGAACUACAGAGGUUUUUGGAAGAAGGGCUCAUGGAUUUAUUGUGUCCUCCCUAGAAAAUAACCUACAAUUACCCUUACCUACACUUGUAGAGUGUAACCAGAUACCAGCCAACAAAGAAGAAAUACCUACACCAGAAGUUGCCUUCUACCACCCUCAUCUAAGGUCAAUAGCCAGUGAAAUCCCACCACUUGACAAAGAUGCUAAAAUCCUUCUUCUGCUGGGAAGAGAUAUUCUAAGGAUCCACAAGGUACACAGGCAGGUCAGCGGACCUCCAGAGGCCCCAUUCGCCCAGUACCUGGACUUAGGCUGGGUCAUCAUAGGCAACGUCUGUAUAGGCAAAAUGAAAAGGCCUACUAACAUUUCUUCAUUCAAGACAAAUGUAUUGCCAAAUGGUCGUAAUACUCACUUUGAGCCAUGCCCACAUCACUACUGGGUGAAGGAGAAGGUAACUAGCUGCAAGUUGCAACAUCGCAACACAAACCUUUCCCCCACCUACGAUGACAGCUUUGGUUCUACAGUUUUCAAUGUAAGCAGUGAAGACGACAAGUUGGCUCCUUCGGCAGAAGACAAAGAAUUCCUUAAAGUAAUGGACAAUGAGUUCUUUCAGGAAGAUUCCAAUAGCUGGGUAGCACCCCUACCCUUUCGCCUCCCGAGAGAGAAGCUACCAAACAAUCUACAUCAAGCAGUCAAAAGAUUCUCCUCCUUAAAGCGUACCUUAAGCAGGAAGCCAGAGAUGGAAAGACAUUUUGUGGACUUCAUACAGAAUAUCUUUGACAGGGGUCAUGCCGAACCCGCACCCCCAUUGAAAGAAGGAGAAGAAUGCUGGUACCUCCCUUCCUUCGGUGUGUAUCACCCACGAAAGCCAGACCAAAUCAGAGUUGUCUUUGACUCCAGUGCCCAACAUGAAGGCUUCUCACUUAACGACAUGCUCCUCACAGGGCCUAACUUGAACAACAACCUCAUUGGAGUCCUAAUUCACUUUCGUCAAGAACCUGUAGCGGUGAUGGCCGACAUUCAACAAAUGUUCCACUGCUUCAUCGUCAAGGAAGAUAACAGGAAUUACCUCAGGUUUCUAUGGCACAAGGACAACGACAUCAACAAAGAGGUAAUUGAUUACCGAAUGAGGGUACAUGUCUUUGGGAACAGCCCUUCCCCAGCUGUAGCAAUCUAUGGACUAAAAAAGACAGCUCAGCUUGGAGAAGCUGAGUAUGGAUCCGAUGCUCGUCAAUUUGUUGAAAGGAACUUUUACGUAGAUGACGGGCUCAAAUCCUUUCCUACUGCUAAAGAAGCAAUUAAUCUUCUUACCAGAACAAAAGAGAUGCUAGCUGUAGCAAACUUGAGACUUCACAAAAUUAUAUCUAACAGCCAAGAGCUAAUGAAUGCAUUUCACCCUGAGGACUAUGCUGCCAGUGUGAAAGACCUUGACCUUGGGUCAGACGCACCCCCUAUGCAGAGAAGUCUAGGUCUGCUGUGGAACAUCAAAGUAGACACAUUCGCCUUCCAGGUGUCAACCUGUGACAAACCCUUCACCAAGAGAGGAGUCUUGUCCGUAGUGAACAGCAUCUACGACCCACUGGGAUUUAUAGCCCCAGUCACCAUCCAAGGUAAGAUGUUAUUAAGACAGCUUACUACUGAUAACAUAGAUUGGGACACUCCGUUACCUAUUGAGAAACAACGAAGAUGGGAGAAAUGGAGAGGUUCUCUGAAGACAUUAGAACAGUUCCAAAUUCCACGUUGCUAUGCCCCAGUCUCCAUCUCAGCCGCUGUCCAGAGGGAAAUCCAUAUUUUCUCUGAUGCAUCAGUUGAAGCUAUAGCUGCAGUGGCCUAUUUGAAGACCUCAGGAGUUAAUGGAGACAUACACUGCAACUUUGUUCUAGGCAAGACAAAGCUAACACCAAAACCCGCACAUACCAUACCCAGACUUGAACUUUGUGCAGCUGUGCUAGCAGUGGAAAUAGCUGAAGUCAUAAAGAGUGAAAUGGACAUUAACAUUGAUUCCUUCACAUUUUACACAGACAGCAAGAUAGUGCUUGGUUACAUUUACAACCAAACUAAACAAUUUUACGUGUACGUCAGCAAUAGAGUAGAACGUAUCAGAAGGUUCUCCUUGCCAAAGCAAUGGCAUCAUAUUCCCACUGACCUUAAUCCUGCCGAUUGUGGGACAAGAGCUAUAUCUCCAGUAGCUCUCCUCGACUGCUUGUGGCUGUCGCCUCCAAGAUUUCUUUCUGAAAACUCCUACUCAAUUCCCACGGACACUACCUAUGAACUGGUACAUCCUGACGAUGAUAAAGAAAUCAGGUCUAUGUACACCACACUGUGUACCUCUGCGAGUUCAGAACAAAAACUAAAGUCGCAUCGUUUUGAACGUUUCUCAACCUGGUCAUCAGCUGUUAGGACCGUUGCUUAUUUGAUACACAUUGCCCAUUGUUUUAAAUGGAGCUCAACUUCAGAAUGUCAUGGCUGGCAUAUCUGUACCAACCUCCCUACUGCAACGGAAAUUGAAAAGGCGGAAAGGGUAAUCAUUCGCUGUGUACAACAAGAAGUGUACAGGGAAGAGUUGCACAGAUUCAAAGGUGGAAUACCUCUAUCAAAGGGUAGUUCACUAUUUAAUCUGAACCCUGUAGUCGAUGACAAUCAGUUGCUACGAGUUGGAGGCCGAAUAGAGAAAUCUGACCUGUGCAGCAAGGAACAAAACCCCGUCAUCAUACCAGGUCAGCACCACAUUGCCACUCUUCUAAUACGGCACCAUCACGAACUAAUACAGCACCAAGGCCGACAAUUUACAGAAGGUGCUAUCAGGUCAGCUGGCUUGUGGAUUGUUGGAAUGAAGAGAUGUGUUUCUUCCCUGCUUUUUAAAUGCGUCAAGUGUCGCAAGUUAAGAGGUAGACACCAACUACAACAAAUGGCAAGCCUGCCAUUUGAUCGCCUGAGUACAGACCCACCUUUCACCUACGUUGGAGUUGAUGUAUUUGGUCCAUGGACUGUGGUAACUCGUAGGACUCGCGGUGGAGCAGCCAAUAGCAAGAGGUGGGCCGUGUUGUUUACCUGUCUCAGCGUACGAGCUGUACAUAUCGAGGUGAUCGAGUCAAUGGAUUCGUCUUGUUUCAUCAACGCUUUACGAAGAUUCUUCUCCAUCCGAGGACCUGUCAAACAACUAAGAUCCGACUGUGGUACCAACUUCGUUGGAGCCUGUAAAGAACUUCAACUAGACAAUUUCUUAGCAAACAAUGGAUGUACUUGGCUGUUUAAUUCACCACAUUCUUCGCAUAUGGGAGGAUCCUGGGAGCGAAUGAUUGGAAUCGCUCGAAGAAUUCUCGAUUCCAUGUUGCAGGACCACAAGUCUUCACUAUUGACUCACGAGACUUUGAGUACCUUUCUCUCAGAAGUAUCCGCCAUCAUUAAUGCAAGGCCUCUAGUACCAGUAUCUUCCGAUCCUGAUGCUCCAAUGAUCCUUACCCCAGCCACACUCCUUACUCAUAAGGUUGGAACUACCGUGAUAUCUUCUGCCGAGAUUGACCCGAAGGAUAUCUAUAGGCGUCAAUGGAAACGGGUGCAACACCUAGCCAAUGUGUUUUGGCACCGCUGGAGAAUGGAGUACCUGCAUACCCUUCAAAGCCGUUCCAAAUGGCAAACACCCAAGCCUAACCUCAAAGUAGGAGACCUUGUUCUUCUGAAAGAUAGAGAAGUCUGUCGCAAUGAGUGGCCUAUGGGUCUUGUAACAGGCGUAAUGCCCAGCGAUGACGGAAAGGUUCGAAAGGUUGAAGUUAAGAUAACUAAAGGAGGUUCUGCUCGGACUUUCUCACGACCAAUCACGGAAUUGGUGCUUCUUCUCCCAAGUGAGUGACUUAGGCAGGAGUACCGGCUAUACCUGUUAUGGCGGGGAGAAUAUCACUAUUGACUGUGCUACUGUUGAAGUCCCACCAUUACAAACGAUAGACCGCAGGACUCAAGCCAUCUGUUUUUUUGGACGUCAUGUUUCAUUGUUCAUUUACUGCAUACCUUCUUGUGUUUGCGGGUAUCUCGUAUCUAUGGUUUACACACCAGUUUUACCUUUAACGUUUCUUCCCCUACAGGUUCAAGUUGGACUUAUCUUUAUAUAUGUAAUAGACUUUGAAAUCUAAAGAUUUCAGGCGGGGAGUGUCAUGUUACAUGAUAUUAUUUUUUAUUAUGUACUGUCUCUUUAAUGCCUAUCUAGUUUGUCUCUUGUGGCAUUCCUUAGUUUGCAUGCUGCUCAGUCUCCUCCCCCUCUUUGCUGUAUCAGCCAUUUUAAUGCUGUAAUUCAUCUGACCUGUGUCUAUUCUCUAUACCUGCAUGGAAGAAUCGUUCUUUUACCUGUUGUAACUUGCAUUCUACGGAUCAUACGACGAAUAAACAUCGCCAGAUCUUCUUUCAUAUUCUGCGGAGGCCAGAAAAAGAGACUGAUUCCAAUCAAAGAAGACGUAACCUUUGAUUCACCCUGAGAAGUCGCUCUGGAUCGAGCAGUUGAGAAUAGCAGUGAAAGGGACAAGGCAAGAGGAGCUGAAGAAACCCAACAAGAACAAGCUGAUGCUGAUGUCAACAUGGGAGGAACCCAGCCAUCUCUAUAUUGGAUCACAUAUCCACUUCAGAACAAGAGCAAAAAUAUCUUGCCUUCCUCCAUGUUAUGGUCUUAUCGUGGGUUGACUCCAUACAGCAGGCCAAUCCCAUCAAGAACAUUACAGACUGAGGUGGUUAAAGCUCAUCUCAUUUCUCCAUAUUCUUUGGUCAUUUAGUUCCCCUCAAGGGGAUCUCGGUUGACAUCCAGGUGAAAAGUUUUGUGGCUGAUGCGUCUGCUACUCUCAUGUACAAGAAUGAGGAGGAGAAGCUAGUGGAAGCAGUCUUUGUAUUACCCAUGGAUGAAGACUCUGCAGUCUAAACAUUUGAGGCCAAAGUGGAUGGAAAGACCAGCACUGUGGAAAAGGUUAAUGGAUACCGAGAGGCUUUUGGGACUUUCUACCAGGGCUGUGGAGUCGGAGUCGGAGUCGAGGAGUCGGAGUCGGAGUCAAUUUUGGGUACCUGGAG